AUGGCGGUUGGACUCCCACAGGAAGCUCAAUCUAUUUUGGUAGAGGAGAUGGUGCUGAAUGGAGAAUGGAACGGAACCUACAUCCAAGCUUUCCUCCCGAACGAGAUAGUUGAACAGAUUCUACUUCAUGAUAUCCCCCGAGAUUCAGGGAGUGAUGUACCGACCUGGAGAUAUACAGAGAAUGGGGAAUUCUCCCUAAAGUCGGCGUACGAGCUGCUGAAUGAGGUGAGCCACCCUUCCCAGUCCCACCCGCUUUGGAAGAAGAUAUGGAAGAUCCCGGCCAUGCAGCGGGUAAGAUCGUUCUUCUGGCUGGUCGGUCACGGUCGCCUCCUGACGAACAUGGAAAGACAUAGACGUCAUAUGACAGCGGUAAGUGGAUGCCAGAUUUGCGGAGGAGAUGGCGAAUCUGUGACUCACGUCCUGCGGGAUUGCCCAUAUGCGAGGGAUGUCUGGUCUACUUUCCUUGAGAAUGAGGAGGAUGAGAAGUUCUUCUCACCGGACAUGACAAGCUGGAUGAUGCAUUAUUUAUCGGGUAAAAGGGUUAAUCUGGAUCCAUCGUUGUUCGCGGUGGUGUGUUGGUUGCUUUGGAAGAACAGAAACACCUUUGUAUUUGAGGAGAAGUUAGCUGCCGCUAGCCAAAUUCAGGGGGCAGCUCGGAGAAUUCAUCAUCAGAUUGUAGAGGCCUUGAAGAGAGACCCGAUGACCAGAGGGGAACAUAUGUCUGGCGAAUGGAGGUCGGUUGGAUGGGAGUUUCCCCCGGCCGGGUGGAGCUGUAUUAACACAGAUGGAUCGGUGGCGCUAUCUUCCCAGAGCGCGACGGCUGGAGGCGUUGUGAGACAUGAUCAUGGGAGAUUCCUGGGUGCCUUUGUGAUGAAUCUCGGUGGAGGCACGAUCACUCGUGCAGAGCUUAUGGGCAUACGACAGGGAUUGCAGAGGGCGUGGGACCUUGGAGUAAGAAAGGCUGUUCUCCGGUCGGAUUCCAAGAGCGCGGUCGAGCUUAUCGCGUCAGCUACUACAUCUAGCCCGCACUUUCAGCUGGUAUCGCAGGUGAGGCGGCUGAUCAAUCAAGAGUGGGAAGUUCGGGUGGAGCACACAUACAGGGAGGGAAAUGUGGUGGCGGAUUACUUGGCGUCGACAGGAUAUAACCUCCCGGUGGGGGUGCACAUGAUAUCGGUUCCCAAUCCGAUGCUGCAACACUGGCUUUUAUUCGACCUUGUAGGGAGUGUAACUCCCAGAUUUAUUUACCAGUGA